AUGAAAAUUUUGGAAAAUCUGUCAUUAAAUAGCGAAGAUAUUGAAGUCCAAACAUCAAAAUUUCGUUGAAUUUACAAUUAUAAUGAAUAUUGUCUUGAUGAAGUUAAUCUUGAAACAAUGCAAACUGUUUCCGUUGAAAUUUCAGCUCCUAUAGAUGAUAAUUGAUAUACUUGUAUAUGCUAUUUGCCUGGGAAUAAGUCUUUUUGCUACAGAGGUAAUACAAUGCUAGAUCACAUAUGUGGCAUUGCUUUUAUAAUAGAUGAAGAUCAUAAAAUUCAAGUUCUUCCCUCUAAAAUUAUAACUAUUGGAUAUUGUGCAACAUUUUGCAAUAAUUAUGUUUAUAUGUUUGGAGAAUUUUGUCUUUUUAGAUAUGAUUUGGUUAAAAGAAGAUGGGAAAAGAUAAUAGCAAAACUUGGCUUAAGUAAUUUUUGUACUUGCAUUUCUAUAAAUAAUAUGAUAUUAGUUGCAUGAUUUGACUGUGAGGAUAUAUUUAUUUUUGAUUUGCGGACUUGCUCUUUUUCUUCAUGCCCUUUAGAGCUUGGACAACAUAGCACAAAAGUUCUUUGCAGAUCUGAAAAUGCGGCUUUUUUAAUUGAUUUUUCUGGGUUAAUAAGGGAGAGUUCCAAAAAUAAUUUUUAUUCAUGAGCGAUUAUAGGAUCUUGUAUGACUUUUGAUUUUGCAAUUUUUUCUGUUAAAGUAUUUUAUAAAAAUUCUUGGUAUUUUAAUAUAGACAAUGCAAUUAUGAAAUUUAAUUUGGAGAAAAAGACUGUUAAGAGAACGAAUGCGAGCAUUUCAUAUCCUAUCGAUUAA